AUGGAGUCGAUGACUGUGAAGAUGGCAGCGAUGAAGCGUUCGGGGGCUCGUGCGCUGUGCUGUGAUGUCAACGAGGAGCGUUCGUGCCUUGGCCGGUUGUCCGAUGGUAUCCCAAUGCACAUGAGUGGAGGGCAAAUCUCCGAGAACCCCUGCCAAAUUGCACGGAAGCCCGCCAGGACUUGCAGAUGCUUUACAACAACUCUUCCGGUUUCCUGGGAAAGUUGGCCCGAGCCAUACCGUAUUCACAGCAAGUUCGUCGAGCACCGUCGUCGCCGCAACCGCAGGUAA